GUAUUUAAUGCAAGAAGGAAAACCGUCAUGAUUCCGAAGCGAGUGGCCCUGGCUUGACGAUCCAACGAAUGUUUUUUUCAUUUCUUUCGCUGUUAAAUUUUUGCAACUAUUUUUGUGCUGUCGCGAGGCAGAUUAAAAUCAAGAACACGACGCUAAUCGAGGUCAUGUGGGAUCACUGAAGUUUAUCGAUUAGACAAGACUCAGUUCUGCAUGACACGGAUAAACUGAGUGACCAUGGCAUCGCUACAUCAAAACGCUAAAAAUUCACAGGACGAUUCGUCUGAGUCCACACACGCCUCAAUGGAGCCCCGUCCACCUGCCGCGUCCGAUACCGGAGUGAAAAAGCGAUUCGAGAACAUCAAAAAGUCCCCGAACGAUAAAAGGCUCUACAGGGGUCUGAUCCUCAAUAACAACAUGAAGGUCCUGUUGAUAAGUGACUCAACGACAGACAAAAGUGCAGCAUCCUUGGACGUAGGCAUUGGAUUCAUGAGUGAUCCCCCAGAGCUGCCAGGACUCGCUCAUUUGUGUGAACACAUGCUCUUUCUCGGCACCGAGAAAUACCCAGACAAAAAUGAAUACAACUCGUAUUUGUCGCAACACGGAGGUGCCUCCAACGCAGCAACCCAGCUUGACCACACGACUUACUACUUCGAUGUGGCACCAGACAAGCUGGAAGGCGCUCUGGACAGAUUCUCCCAGUUUUUUCUCAAGCCCCUCUUCACAGAAUCCAUGACGGACUUGGAGAUCAAUGCUGUACACUCAGAGCACGAGAAAAAUAUUGGUCAGGACUCGUGGAGGGCUGAUCAACUCGACAAAUCGUCUGCUGAUCCUCAGCAUCCUUACUCUAACUUUGGAACAGGCAAUCGAGAGACUCUGGACUUGCUUCCGAAGGAGAGGGGACUCAAUGUCAGGGACGAACUCCUCAAGUUCCAUGGAACCUGGUAUUCUGCUAAUAUCAUGGCACUCAGUGUACUUGGAAAGGAGACUCUAGACGAUCUUGAGAGAAUAGUCGUAAAAAUGUUCGUAGAAGUGGACAACAAUGAAGUAGAUGCCCCUGAGUGGCCAGAGCAUCCAUUCAAUGAGAAUCAUUUCCAGCACAAGUGGUAUAUGGUUCCAGUGAAGGACAUGCGAACAUUGAAAAUGAUUUUUCCACUCCCCGAGUUGCGGGAUCAUUACAAAUCUGCUCCUGCGAACUACGUGUCUCACCUUCUCGGUCACGAAGGCGAUGGGUCUUUGCUGUCAGCUUUGAAGAAAGAGGGCUGGUCGAACUCCCUGGUCGCUGGUGUACGAAAGGCUGCGAGGGGGGAGGUCAAUUUCUUUACUGUCAUUGUUGAUUUAACCGAAGAGGGAAUUACACACAUCGACGACAUCAUUUCACUCAUGUUCCAAUACAUUAAUAUGAUGAAAACCGAAGGGCCAGUUCAUUGGAUUUUUGAGGAAUGCCGACAAAUAGCCCAAAUGGAUUUCAACUUCAAAGAAAAAUUUUCUCCCACUGUAUACGUGAACCAAACAGUACAAUCUCUCCAAAAAUACCCAAUGGAGGAAGUUCUGUUUGCCCCAUAUUUUCCAACAGAGUGGCGUCCAGACCUGAUAACCAUGAUAAUGGAACACCUGGUUCCCCAGAAGCUCCGGAUCCACGUAGUUGGAAAGGCCUUCGAGUCAAUAGCAACUGAAUCCGAGCCGUGGUACGGUACCAAGUUUAAGAAGGAAAAAAUUCCAGAAUCAGUGGUCGCACGCUGGUCAAACCCAGGUCUCCACGCGGAUCUGAAAUUUCCGACUAAAAACGAGUUUAUCCCAACGGCCUUCGAGAUAAAAGCCACCGAGACCUCUCACAUCGACAAAUUCCCAGUGAUAAUAGAGGAUAAUCCGUUCAUGAGAGUGUGGUUCAAACAGGACGACGAAUUUCUCCUUCCUAAGGUCAACUUGACAUUUGACUUCGUGAUACCCCUGGCCUACCUGGACCCCGUCAGCUACAAUCUAACCUACAUGUACAUUCAACUCUUCAAGGACUCUCUAAACGAGUACGCCUACAACGCAGGUCUAGCGGGCCUCAACUGGGAGUUCACUAGCAGCAAGUACGGUGUCACACUCGCUAUCGGUGGAUAUCACGAUAAGCACAGGAUUCUACUCGAAAAAAUAAUGGACAAGAUGGUAAAUUUCACAGUGGACAAGCAGAGAUUUGAGAUCCUGAAGGAGCAGUAUGUUCGAGGACUGAAGAAUUAUUCAGCUGAGCAGCCUUACCAGCACGCUGUUUAUUACUUAGCAGUUCUGCUUGCCGAACAAGUCUGGACGAAGGACGAACUCAUUGAAGCCAGUGACGAUAUCACGAUUGAGAGACUGGAGGCCUUUGUCCCCCAGCUGCUGUCGAAGAUGCACGUGGAAAGCCUUGUUCAUGGGAAUUUAACGAAGGCUGAGGCUCUCGAGACGGUGAGGCUCGUCGAGAACAAGCUGACGGGGGAUCCAACCAGCCAGGGCAGCAGACUCAUUCCACUGUUGCCCAAACAGCUCAUGCUCUACAGGGAGAUCGACCUUGAGGAGGGCUGUCACUUCCUCUACGAGGUGGAGCAUAAACUCCAUAAAUCAUCCUGCACUGAGGUUUAUUAUCAGAGUGGACUGCAGUCAACUCAGUCCAAUAUGCAUUUAGAGCUACUGGCGCAGAUUAUCUCAGAACCUUGCUUCACCGUUCUCAGGACCAAGGAGCAGUUGGGGUACAUUGUUUUCAGUGGAAUCAGAAGGACUAAUGGCGCUCAGGGACUGAGAGUCAUUGUCCAGAGUGAUAGACAUCCUCAGUAUGUGGAAGAUAGGAUCGAUGCCUUCAUGGAGUUCAUGCUGGAGCAACUGAUCAACAUGUCAGAGGAGGAGUUCAACAGGCAUAAGACUUCACUCGCUGCACAGAGGCUCGAAAAACCGAAGAUGAUGAGCGUUUUGUCGGCUGUUUUCUGGAGUGAAAUCACCACACAACAGUAUAAUUUCGAUCGGGCUAAUAUCGAAGUCGCUUAUCUUUUGACGAUUACUAAGGAACCGAUUAUAUCAUUCUUCAAGGAAAUUGUCGACAAGAACUCACCAACCAGGCGCAAGCUCGCAGUCCACGUGAUCUCGACAGCGAGUGGUGGUGCUGGAGCCGAGAUGAAUAAUCCCAAGGAUAGCAAAGUGGAGAACAAGGAAGCAGGUUCCAUCACAGCUACCAAAAUUACGGAUGUUAUUGCCUUCAAAGCCAGUCAAUCAUUGUAUCCCCUACUGAAGCCCUACAAUAAUAUUCCGCGAAAAGGACAGCGUUCUAAGCUGUAGCAAAAUGAGCAUAAUUUUUUCUGUAAAAUCAAUUUGAAUCAUGUACCAUACUGCAAUCAAUUCUGUAAUUAAUAGAUAAAAAAUGUUCGGCUUAGUAGACGAAAAUAAAUUUGGCAACGUUUUUGUUUUGAUAAAAAA